AAUUAACCACUAAUUCCAGAGAAUAAUAUCAAAGCUCUCUCUCGAACUCGAACACACGAACACACGCUCUCACGAAAGUCCGCCAUGAACAACCACCAACCGACGCCGCCAGGCCUGAACUCGCACACGACGGCGCAAGUUCUGAGACAGACGAGGUCGAUCUUCUGGUCUCAUCUUCUCACAUUCAUCUUCCUUUCCUUCCUCAUCCUCACCUUCCACUCCAAUGUCGAAAAUGGCACUCACUUCCUCACCUCCUUCAUCGACAAAGACCCCUCCAUGCGAUCCCUCCUCUCUCGCCUCGACAUUCCCUCAAAACCCCCCUACGAAACCCCGCCCUUCCCACGGCGCCGCCGCCCCUUCCUCCACCUCACCCGCGUCGGAACCCUCGAUGACGACUUCUUCUCCGGCGAUGAGGAUAACACUCGCUCCCUCUUCGGUUCCCACCCCAAAACCCCCUCCAAUGGAAGCUUCCUGAUUCUAAGUAACCCCAGGUUAGGGUUUUCGAAUUACGUUACUGAUAAUGGAAUUAGGGUUUCUCAAAUUGUCCGCUUGCCUUUGUCUUUUCAAUUCCCCGAGACUUCAUUAAAAGAAUCUAUAGAUGAGGAUAAUAAUAGCAACGAUGAGUUGAAUAAUGGUGAAGAUGAGGCCGAAAGGGUUGUGGGUUUACAGUUUUUGAUUAAGGGUUUGGAGCUACGGAGGAGCGAUGCCUCGGCUUUAUUCUUUCUUAUAUUUUUGUUGUCUGCUGCAUAUGGAUAUGUAAUUCUAGGGUUUCUUGUUACCUAUUCUUGGGUUCUUGGAAUUGUGUUUGUUGUGGUUGUGAAUCAUUUCUUAGGGAGGUAUUGUUCAUGGAUUGGGACGAUAUGGGAUGGUUCGAGUUUGGGUAUCAAAAGGCUUCCUGGGUUUAUUCUUAUGAGAUGGGCAGUAAGGGAUGCGCUUACGCAGAUUCUGGGUCUGUGGUUUUUUGGUGAAAUCGAAGAUCAGUAUUCGUUUUUUAAGAUUUUCGUGAGGUUGAAGAUGAUGCCUUUCUCAAUUGUGUCUCCGUGGAUUCAGGGGUUUGAGAAGGAGACUGCAGGGUUUUUGGUUGCCUGGAUUCUGUUGGACAUGAUUGUGGAAUUUGUUUUUGCUGUGGAUUCUUGGGUUGCAAUUGUGGACUCAAGGAGGAGCGGGAGAGAGAUUGUGAAGAAAGGGUGUUAUUUGUUGUCAAUGAUGUUUAAGCAGGCUGUGAUCAUCAAGUGUUUGGAGUCUAUGCUUUGUGGACCAUUUACAAGAUGGACAUUGGCUCGAUUUUUUGGGAAGUGGUUUGCAAUGGCUUUCCAAUCAAUGAUGGAAGUUUAUUUCAUGGUGGCUUGGCUGAUAUUUUACAUUGCUGUGAGAUCUAAGGAUGCCGCUUCUCUUGGGAGGACUUUUGGGCAGAGAGAUUUAGAAGGUUUUGUCCAGGGCCAUAGAUGAUACUCAAUGAAAAUUGAUUAGAGGUUACUUCCAGACUUCAAUUCUAAUGUGAAAAUAGCGGUAAUCCUUUGGUUCUAAGUUUCACUUUUGGGUAUCCUAAUCUCACUGUUUCCUGAGACUCAAUCCAGCCCUAGUGCACAGCUACUGACAAGAAGGUAAACAAGUAACUUGUAGUCUCCAGACUCAACCCAGCCCAAGUGCACAGCUGCUGACAAGAAGUUUUUGGGGUUCAGGUAUCCUUCUGAAGAGUUCAUGGAGACAUAAUGGUUGCUUGACACCAGUUCAAAUGGCUUGUUUGUUUGACUGUUAACGUGAUUGGGAUGUUUAAAUGUUCAAGACUGAAAAUGUUGAAGAGAUAGCUUUAUGAAUCCCCCAAUGGCCAAAGGCAUCUGGAACACACGAGGAUUGCUGUCAUUACUCAGGUUACCAAUCCAGUGGUUGUUGCCAACGAUGGAAACAUAAUAACAUUCCCUGUAAUAUUGUACCUGAAGAAAAACUCAUUCAUACAAUGGGUCUAGUGUGUGCUCCCCCGUUUUUCUUAGUGUCUACCCGUCCAAGUGUGUGUAAAUGAUAAAGUUUAAAUUCCUUCAAAUGACUUAUGGUAUUAAGAGCAAAGGUGUCUGCUUCUUUAUAUCGUUACAAUGUAUUCCUUUGCAUAAGUGAAUCUUACUCAAUAAUUUUAAGUAGCUAAUGCAUAAUACUUCUUGUCCUUUCUAUGUAUAAUGAGAAAGGAUUUGUGCUUUUUCAUUUUACUUUUGCUUAGUCUCUUGGGUUGUACGAGCUUUCCUUUCUAGAGCUAGGCUCCUUUUUCUCUCGAGGUGUGAGAGGGGUGUUUUUUCACUGUUGUGAGCGAGGAGCGUGUUUGUGUAGCCUUGUUGGAUGCAUGUGGAGCCUAUAUGUAAACAUCUCAUAUUUUUUUGGUAAUAGAAUAUGAACAUUAUGGAGCUGAAA